AUGUGUAUGGAACAUCGAUUCAAAGAUUUUAUACCAUUUGGAAUAGUACAUGAUCCAAGUCCAACCACUGGAAGAAAUAGAAUCUUACAUCAUUCAAUCAAUAUCCAAGGAAAGAUCCAUUUUGUUUAUCCAACCCCAGAAUCUAGUCAAAUCAACAUCCUUGGAAGUACCAUUCUUUGUACCUAUGGAUUUUCAGUUAAUGGAUUAGGAGCAGAGAGAAUGAAUCAUAUAUAUGAUUGUAAGGACUUUCCAAUUGAAUGGAAAGGUGACCACCAUCCCCAAGACAAUACUACUAUAAAGUUCAAAGACUUUAUUCCUUUUGGGUUAGUACAUGAUCCUAGUGGAACUGGAAGAAAUAGAUGUUUCUACCACACAUAUUUUAAGGAAUCGGAGCUAGACAAGAUUGUUGCAGUGACAUUUCUAUGCAGCACUGGUACCUCUGAUAUUUACCUUGGAAAUGAUACUCUCCGUUCAUUAUCUUCUCGAGGUGUUUUGAAACAAUAUGAUUUUCAGGGAAGCUCUCACUAUUCAAUCAACAUCCAAGGAAAAAACCACUUUGUUUAUCCUACCCCAUCAGUUCAAGGACAAAACCAAAAGUACGGUUCCAACUAUAAUGAAACCAAUAUUCUUGGAAGUACAAUUCUAUCUAUAUAUGGUUUUUCCAUUGACAGCGACAAAGUAGAGUUUAAACGACCAUUUGAACCAAAGAUAGAGACCAAUGAUCCAACACCCACUGAAUAA